AUGUUCUCUUCGUCAGGCAGUGGCAAGAAGCCGCCUCCUCAGGUACGUUUCGAGACCCGACUUGCUUCAAUGGCGUCACUCAACCUUACUCAGACUUCAACUAACCGCCUCACGCAGGAGAUGGUGCAAGUCGACAGGUCCGACUCUGCCUCCCCCUUCUGGCAGGCUCCUCAAAGAGACACCGGCAACAAAUCUGGCCGUGAUUCAAAAGUUGUCGGGGCAUCAUACUCCCAUGCCGAUAUGCUCAAGUUCGACUCGUUGCACCUCUCUGGGUCCUCGCCUCGACCACGAACACCCCCCUCAUCGUCCUCGUCCCGAAUUCGGACUACCAACGUGACAUCCCCGCCGGCGAGGCAAAGCUCCGGGCUAUCUUCACCGCCCUUCAAGACCUAUAUGAACUUUCUGUCCAGGACAAACGAUGACUGGAAUGCUGAAGAAGCUGACGAAAUGUACGAUUAUGAUGAUGAUGACGGCGAUGAAUUUGGCUUGCCCAGCCUUUCCAACAUGAAACGGAAGUCCAUACGUAUGGCUGCGCAGAAUAACAAGGACACGGGCAUGGAUGGGCUUCCCCCGGUGGACAGAUCUUUAUCAGGGCUGCAUACUCGAAGAUACUCGGAUAGCGCCGACAUCGCAAUUGAGCGGCCUGCGCCAUCCUACCCCGUCCCGAAGAAGAGCGAGGGAAAGAUAUUGAGACCCCAAUACAAAGACAUACUCGAGGACCCCGCCAACGCUCUUCAUCUAAUCAGCCAUCCCCCAGCCCCUCCCAAUGCCUCGUGGAAGGAGAUGGACAUCAUGGCCUCGAGGAUCACCAGGAUAAACAAGUUCAAGAUGUUAUUGCAGGCCUCCACCAUAUCACUCCCCGAUUUGAGAGCUCUGGCGUGGUCAGGCGUGCCGGAGGAAGUACGGGCAAUGACAUGGCAACUGUUACUAAGCUAUCUGCCGACCAGCAGCGAGCGACGGGUAGCCACCUUGGAGAGGAAAAGGAAAGAGUAUCUGGACGGCGUUCGACAGGCUUUCGAACGCGGAGGAAGCAGUGCUACAUCAUCAGGACGUGGCAGGGGCUUGGAUGAGGCGAUCUGGCACCAGAUCAGCAUCGAUGUUCCCAGGACCAAUCCCCAUAUCGAGCUGUAUGGUUAUGAAGCCACCCAGCGUUCCCUAGAGCGUAUCCUAUACGUCUGGGCCGUUCGUCACCCCGCCAGUGGGUAUGUGCAGGGCAUCAAUGACCUGGUCUCGCCGUUUUGGCAGGUCUUCCUCGGCGUUUACAUUGCGGACCCCAAUAUUGAGAGCGGCAUGGAUCCCGGACAACUUCCGAAGGCUGUCCUUGAUGCCGUGGAAGCAGAUUCAUUCUGGUGCCUCACCAAAUUGCUGGACGGCAUCCAGGACCAUUAUAUCGUCGCUCAACCAGGCAUUCAGCGACAAGUUGCCGCGCUGCGGGACCUCACGGCGAGGAUAGACAAUCAAUUAUCCAAACACCUUGAGAAGGAGAAUGUCGAAUUCAUCCAGUUCAGCUUCCGCUGGAUGAACUGUCUGUUGAUGCGAGAGAUUAGCGUCAAGAACACCAUCCGCAUGUGGGACACGUACAUGGCCGAAGAGAAUGGCUUCUCCGAGUUUCAUCUCUAUGUCUGUGCAGCAUUUCUCGUUAAAUGGUCGGACAAGCUCUGCAAGAUGGACUUUCAGGAGAUUAUGAUGUUUUUGCAGUCCUUGCCGACGCGAGAAUGGACGGAAAAGGAUAUUGAGCUGCUGCUCAGCGAAGCGUAUAUCUGGCAGAGCCUGUUCAAAGGCUCAUCGGCUCACUUACGGGGUCCUACUACGCGCAGUCCGUCAACGAACCUGCAGUUGUGA